AUGUCAUCGAUCGAGCUUCAGCCAUCUCCACAUAUCCACAUCCCUAAGAAUCUAUCGGCUGGAGUCCCCGACCUCAGCCAAAUCAAUCAAACGUGGAAAGGAAUAUCCUCGAAUAUCCCCAGUUCCUACACAAUGACGGAAAAGCCUGGUUUCGACACGAUAACUCCAACGGAAGAUAAUUACAUGGACAAGCGAGACCCCGACCCAACCCCAACCGCUUAUUGGCCUUGCCACAGUUACUUCGAAAAAAUGACACCAGCGACCAAGCCAAGUAACGGAGAGUUACCUUCUCCCGGAGCGAACGGACGAGAGCAUCCCCACGAAAUCUUCUUUCUGGAAAUAGCUCAGAGCUCGAAGAUCUCGAACCGAGGCUUUUUCAACCACAAUGGACAGAUUCUCUGCAGUGUGGAUGGCGGCAAGAAUGUCACUGCACUAGUAUCUGGACUUAAUGGUCCUGACAGUCUUGAAAUCUCACAGUCGGUCGGUCGCAUGUUUUGGACGAAUAUGGGGCUUCAUACAUCUAACCAAGACGGCUCGGUGAUGUCGGCAAAUCUCGAUGGGAGCGAUAUAAGGACCGUCAUUCCCGACGGUGCAGUGCACACGCCCAAACAACUGGCUGUCGACGAUCAGAACCGGAAGCUUUACUUUUGCGAUCGUGAGGGCAUGAGUGUUCACCGUUGUGAUUUCGACGGCCAUAACCACGAGAUCCUAGUUCUCCGUGGAGAUUGCAAGAGCAGCGACAAGGAAGAUCAAAUGCGGUGGUGUGUGGGCAUAACCUUGGAUCUCCAGAACGGGAAGUUCUACUGGACACAGAAAGGGAUGAACAGAGGACACAAAGGGCGCAUUUUCCGUGCGAAUAUCGAUAUGCCGUUUGGGGAAAAUGCCCUCUCUCGAUCAGAUAUUGAGACGUUGUUCGUGGGUCUCCCCGAGCCCAUUGACCUGGACUUUGUGUCUGAGACGCAGACAAUUUACUGGACCGAUCGGGGCGAAGAUCCGUAUGGUAAUACCCUGAAUAAGGCGAGAUUUGGAGGUGAGGAGCCCCAAGUACAUAUUUUGGCACGGCAGUUUCAUCAGCCUAUUGGAUUAAAGGUUGAUUCAAUCAACCAGUCCGUCUAUGUCACUGACUUGGGCGGAAGUCUGUAUCGAGUCAGUGUGGAUGGGGGUGGAAAGGAGGUUAUACAUCGUGGAGAUGGGUUUUACACUGGCAUCACUUUUGUGUAA